AUGACAACAUGCCUACGCUUCUUGACUGAACCUGUACAGCUGAAUAAUCAACAUGAGCCGAGCGCGGAUGACGACUGUCUAGCCGCGCUGUUGAGCUAUAUCACUAACCAAGAAAGAACCAAGGAUUCAAAUACAUUUGACAUUUUAGAUAGGAAAGACACAGUCAUCCGGCGACGCUGCAACCUUGAGUUACAUCCUCCGACACCGGGUUACGGGCCUGGUUACGGAACCGGUUACGGGCCCCCGCGGACGCCACCUGCUUACGGUCCGUCACCUGUCCCAUCCACACAGCCUCCAACCUUGCCGCCUGCCUACCCAUCUCCGUCAACACCAUCACUGUCCCCCUCGCCCACGCCAUCGCUGUCCCCGUCAACCUCAAUUCCUCCCUCGCCCUCGUCCUCGCCCUCGCCGUCCCUUCCACCCUCGUCUUCUCCCACGCCCACGCCAUCGCCGUCCCCGUCACCCUCAACCCCUCCCUUGACCACGCCAUCGCCUUCUCCUUCACCCUCGACACCUUCGCCCACGCCGUCGCAGCCCCCGUCGCCCUCAACAUCUCCCUCCUUCACGCCUUCGUCGUCCCCAUCGCCCACACCUUUGCCGUCCCCAUCACCCUCGACCCUUCCCUCGCCAACGCCAUCGCCAUCACCGUCCCCUUCACCCUCGACCCCUCCCUCGCCAACGCUCACCCCAUCGCCAUCCCCGAUUCCUUUCUCGCCAACGCCAUCACCGACCUUCCCAACGUCAACCUCUCCUUCGCCCACACCUUCGCCAGUGCCGUCCACUUCACCCUCAACCCCUCCCUCGCCCACGCCAUCACCAUUGCCGUCCCCUUCACCCUCGACCCCUCCCUCGCCCACGCUCACCCCAUCGCCAUCCCCGAUCCCUUCCUCUCCCACGCCAUCACCCACCUUCCCAACGUCAACCUCUCCUUCGCCCACGCCUUCGCCAUUGCCGUCCACUUCACCCUCAACCCCUCCCUCGCCCACGCCAUCACCAUUACCGUCCCCUUCACCCUCGACCCCUCCCUCGCCCACGCUCACCCCAUCGCCAUCCCCGAUCCCUUCCUCUCCCACGCCAUCACCCACCUUACCAACGUCAACCUCUCCUUCGCCCACGCCUUCGCCAGUGCCACCCACUUCACCCUCGACCCCUCCCUCGCCCACGCCAUCGCCAUUGCCGUCCCCUUCACCCUCGACCCCUCCCUCGCCCACGCUCACCCCAUCGCCAUCCCCGAUUCCUUUCUCGCCAACGCCAUCACCGACCUUACCAACGUCAACCUCUCCUUCGCCCACACCUUCGCCAGUGCCACCA